GAGCGCAACAAGUAGCAGGCAACGGCGUAUUAUUACUACUACAUAAACUUAUAACUACUAAUAUUUACUAUUUAGUGUUUACAUAUUCUGUCAAAUUCACUUCAACAGUGAAGUUAUUAUUUUUGUUUCGAUAACAUGUGAUGUUAGGAUUGAUCGACAAUCGUUAUUGCGGACCAUCGAUCGAUGCGAAACGAUAGUUUAUUAUUUUUCUCUAGCUCUCGUCGUCGGAUUUACGUUUAGACGUCUCGGACGGACGACAAUCUUUUCGCAUGUUAUUAUGGAUUCCAUGUCGUGUUCGACCCUAUCGGACGAACACUUGCAAGACUUCACCGAUUUAACGAUAUCCAUUCUCCGGCUGCCGACCAGGGAACGGUUGUCGUGCAUGUUGAACGCCAAGAAAGUGAUUCCGUCACCCGAAAACAUACCCAGAGAUUGGAGAGGACUGUGCACACUUUUGAACUAUACAAUACCAUCGGGAUGUGAUCCAACUGACCCGAUUGGCAAGAUAUUCAAGUUUUGUGAAGCAAAAACAACUAUAGCACAUUUUAUACAAUGUCUAAAACGAAUAGAUAGAUAUGACGUUGUGGAAGAGACAGAAGAAUUAAUUAUUUCUGAUAUUAAAUAUUUUAAAGAACGAAGUUCAUUAGCAAAUCCAACUCCAGCAGUACCUAAUGAUUUUGACAUCAAUGUUAUUACUUUAGAUGAUAUAAACGCUUCCAAUUAUGGUCUUCCUUUUUCGAGAUAUGAUGCAUUUUUACUGUAUGAUAAGGCAGAUAUACAAUCAGCUGCUGCUGUUGUAGAAAAAUUAGAAACUGAUUAUAAGCUUAAGCUAUGCUUAAAAGAUCGAGAUUUAAGACCAGGCGUUAUGUUUGAGUAUCAGUCUAUAAUAAAAUUGAUAUCUGACCGCUGUAAUUGGUUGAUCAUUAUAGUAUCAAAUGAUUUUUCAAACAGCCCUUGGAAUAGAUUUAUUAUGAACUAUAUACAAUCAUUAGCAAUUGAGCAACGGUUACCUAAAAUUAUUCCAUGUGUAUUUGGUGAUUGUGUAUUACCUCAAGAACUUAAAUGUUAUGUUCAUUUAUUUUUUAAUAAACAUAAUCCUUUUUGUGACCCAUGGAAUAAGCUGAGAAUUACUUUGUCACCUAAUAAGAAUCUAGCAUUGACCAACAGUAUGGAAGCAAAUAUCAGUUACCAGAAACCAAAAAUUGAAGAACACACAAAUACCAUUACUAAAACUGUUGAUAUAAAUGAAGUGGUAAAGAUUUCUAACGAAGAACACAAUUUGGUGCCCAAAACUAAAAAUGUUUUUGACAGAUUAGUAAAGACUGUUGGAAAUAUUUCUAUCAAAGUUGUUCCUCAAAAAUGGAGUAAUAAAAAUAAAAAAAAAGUAAAAUGUUCUAGUCUUUAACUCAGUUUUCUUGUUUAUACAUAAUAUCAGAAAGUCUAAAUAUCAAAGAUGUUGUUAUUUUUUUAUAGAAUUUUACCAUCUAACCUUUGUUAUGU